AUGUUAUUUGAAAUUAUUUCUGGACUUAAAGAUAUGCAUAAACAAGAGCUUAUUCAUUGUGAUUUUCAUGAUGGUAAUAUUUUAUGUGGUAAUAUGAGUAAAAUAUAUAUUAAUGAUUUAGGAUUAUGUAAACCUGCAAAAUCAUUUUUGAAAAAAUAUGAUAUUUAUGCAUGGGGCAAUUCUUAUACUCCAGCUAGCGAUAUAUAUAGUUUUUCUAUGAUUAUGUGGGAAUUUACAUCUGGGAUACCACCAUUUAAUAAUAGAUCACAUGAUAUUCAACUUUGUUUAAGUAUUUGUGAAGGUGAACGUCCUGAAAUUAUUGAAAAUACUCCACAAUGUUAUGUAGAAUUGAUGAAAAAGUGUUGGGAUGAAAACCCAUUAAAAAGGCCAUCUUCUAAAGAAGUGUUAAAUAUUAUUGAUAAAUGGAUUGAUACUCCAUGUAAAAUUAAUAAAGAAUUAAAAUACAAUAUUAUGGAAUUUAUAAAUGCACCAAUUGGGCAUAACAAUAAUCUUGCUGCCAGAUCUCAUUCACAGGCAUAUUAUACAAGUCGCUUAUUUGAUUUUACUAGUAAACAAUUGAAUAAAAUUCUUGAAAAUUCACAAGCUAGUGUAAAAGUGAAUGAAACACUAGUAAGUGAAGAUUUGAAUGAUUGUAUAAUUGAAGAUAUAAAAUCAUUAGAUAUUAAAACAGAUAAAAAAUAACUAAUUAUUUGUGUUUUUAUAAGAAUUUAUAGUUUUUUUAAGUGGUAUUUGAUGUCAUACAUUUAACAGAAAUUGUUGUU